AUGGCUACUGCUGUUAGGCACAGGCUGCUUCCUGUUGCUGUGAAUCAUUCAUUUGCCCUCAAUUCCGCUCGUUUCAACUCAUCCCUAUCCAAAUUCGACCGUACGAAAACCUACCCCAACGAGAAAGCCAAUGGCUACCAGCCUAUACCACUACCCGAUCUAUUCUCAAUACAGGGAAAGACAGCUAUUUGUACUGGAAUAACAGGGGGCCUCGGGAAAUCUUUGGGACUUACCUUGGCGGAAGCUGGAGCCAAUAUAGUCUCGAUUCAACUACCGGGCGACCCCGAGCUGGGAGCCCUGGAGAAGGAAGUACGCUCCUUUGGUCAGAAGUUCCAUCACUUUGACUGCAAUAUUGGGGACUCUGUUGCGUUGCGGAAAUGCUUCACGGAGAUAUGGACGGCCGGGGUUGCGCCUGAUAUCCUACUCAAUUGCGCCGGAACAAAUCGACACGGGCCACUAGAGACUCUGACGGAUGAGGACAUCAAUGUUGUCAUCGAUGUCAACCUCAAAGGAAGUUUUGUGGCCGCUCAAGAAAUGGCUAAACAACUGCUGAGAAAUCAGCGACCUGGAAAAAUCAUCAACAUCGGAUCGAUGACGGCAUAUCAAGCCGUUUGGAACACUUCUACCUAUGCUGCGACGAAGGCUGGGGUUGUUCAGUUUACGAAAGCAUUCAGCAACGAACUUGCCGGUCGGAAUAUUCAAGUCAACUGCAUAUGCCCAGGAUAUUUCACGACCCCUAUGACAGCAACUUUGGCUCAACAUCAGGAAUACAACGAUUUUAUACUGGAUAGAACACCCGCCGGUCGAUGGGGCGAUCCUAGUGAACUGCGAGGGGCGCUGCUAUUUUUGGCCAGCCCUGCCAGUAACUUUGUUACUGGAUCAAGUGUCGUUGUUGAUGGCGGUAUGCUUGGAAUGUAG